AUGGACGCGUCUUGGCAGGGAGGRGGGGGAGGGCUGUCGCAGCAGACGCCGCCCUUUGUGUCGCAAUUCAACGGGGGACCAAACCACGAGGACUGGGAGGACUGGCUGCGAUGGGACCCGGCUGCGGAGGCGAACUUUCCUGACGAUGGCACCUUCAACUCGGGUUCGUCGAAGAAUGAUUCGCCGCUGCAAGCCCCGUCGUCCUAUGAGACAUAUGGGCAGCACGACGAGCCCCUUGUACAACCGCUCAUCGUCGACGACGAAGCCUUUGGAUUUGGCACUAGUGCAGGCCUCAGCAACGAUUCAUUCCUCUUUGACGGUAUCGGCGGUGUGGACGCCGGCUUCGACUUCGACCUCGCAAAUUCGCUCAAUGACUUGCCUGCAAACUUGCCCAAACUCGACACAAAUGCUGCCACAUGGCCAUUGCCGUCCAAUGAUGUACCAGAGCUCAGUGGCACCUUGUCGACCCUCUCCAACGAUCAGAAACACACCUUCACUCCCGCAGCAUCGUUGGCUGCAACCACGCCGAGUCUACACCACAGUCCAGCGUCUACAUCCCAUGCGCGGCGUAGCAUAUCCUCCACCUCUCCGGACCCGCCGAAGAAGCGUGGAGGGCGUAAGAGAAAGGCGGAGGUCGAGGCUGAGUCCAAUAUAGAGAAUGUCGAGCAUGGGGGGUCUCAGGAUGGCGACGAGCCGCCAAUGAAGAAGACAUCCCACAACGUGAUUGAGAAGAGAUACCGCAACAAUCUCAACGACAAGAUAGUCGAGCUACGGAAUAGCGUACCCAGUCUUCGCGCCAAGGGAGCUCCAAAGGGCGGUAAAGGUACGGAGGACUUGGAUGGCCUGACUCCAGCUCACAAGCUCAACAAGGCGACGGUGAUGGCAAAAGCAACAGAGUACAUCAAACACCUCGAAACUAGGAACCAGACCAUGGCGGACGAAAUGGCUGCACUCAAGGCCCAGCUGGCACGGGUAGAGGCGGCUAUUGGUYAAUCUCGUGACAGACAACCCAGCAUGGGCAACGGUAGCAGCCCAACGGCUGGAAGUCCCCGCUCGAGAGAGACAUCAUCUGCAGGAUCACCGUCUUUCCUAAAUGUAGGCCAGGACCAGUCUAGAUUCGGGCAACCUGCAGUGCAGCAGCAGUACAUGCAGCAACAGACUCCAGCAACGUAUGCUAGGCCUCCAAAUCCUCCUGUCGAUGCUCAAAACCAGCCACAGCAUGGAAACGGGCGAGGCGGCUCAGGCUUCGUGAACAAGGUUAUGCUCGUCACGAUGGCUGGCAUCAUGGCAUUGGAAGGGUACAACGAGCACGGUGAUUCUGGAGAUCCAUCUGCUUUUCAACUCUUCUCGGUUCCAACAGCACUCCUCAAGCGCUCUCUUGGAGGCCCGUCCACAUCUUCCGAGGCACUUUCACAAAAAGCUACAAUCUCCUUGUUGAAGAUGUUCUUGGUCGUUGGUGCGUUCAUUUACCUACUCGCCCCUCUGCUCUCGUUCUCGCCUCGGCGGAAGCACAAGGCACAUGCAUCUGUACAGCUCCCUCAAGCUCCUUCCCUGGCCUCGCCGGUCGAAGUCCGAAGGAAAGCUUGGCUUACCGCCAUCCAAACUGUAUGGGUGCCCAAGCAUUUCCUACAUGAAGUCGUUGCUGUUGGUUUCAAGAUGUUCCAAUUGAGCGUGCGGAGGUUGAUCGGGUCUGAAGCGUUCACCACAAUCACUGGCACUACCAAAGAAGAGGAAGCCGCACGUAUAAAAGCCUGGGAUAUUGCGAUCGAUGCUCAGCUUGCCGGAGGCGACGCUCAAGUCAGCUACUACCGACUCCUCUUGACAUUGAUGGAGAGUGGUACGCUCCCAGACUCACCAGCGAGAUUGAUGCAAAAGGCGGUACACUUCCGCGUCUUCUUCUGGGAAGUUGCAAAUGCCGGAUACGGGAACCUGAUUGGCUUCAAGCAGUUUACCGAAAAGGUUGGCAGAAUAUAUUGGGCAUCAGCCAGGAGACUACAGAAGGAGCUUGUUCACGCCAAAUCACAAGGGAGGCCCGCCGAUGAAGAUGAGUUGGAGUUGCUGCCCGACCACCUUGCGCGUCUUGGAGAGCUGGACUGCGACGAGGUUCUGACUGACGAAAUGAUUCAACGUGCUUGGAACCUUGCAUGGAACAAGCCUAGUGCGAAUGGGACCAUCGCGAAUGCAGCACGAGACAGCGUGGUGGAGGAUCAUGCUAUUCGCUCUCCAUUGGAUGCCGUUGCCGCGUGGUAUACCAACACCGCCAUCGACGACACACUGGCUGAUGCGUUGAGUGAUAACGUGUCGACAUUUGACACGGAGUAUUACAUCGGUUUAGCACUCAGCGUUGCGCCCCCUGCAUCCAGCACUCACGUGCGAGCGCUGGUGGCCAAAGCUGUGUUGUCCAAGACCAACCGCGACGCCAACGUUAUUGUCGCUUUGGAUGCUCUGCCUGUGGUAUCGCCAACGAGCGGCAUGAACCUUGUCAAUCACGCGCCUGCAUCUCCAGAUGUCUGCACUGCGCUGACUUUGGCGAAAAUGAUUUCCCUCUGCUCUCCAUCAUCGCCUCGGGCCGCUCGCCUGCGUGCUUUCGAUGCGCUGAAUGGCUUGCAACUGGCGCCGGCUCACUUCACACUGCUCACAGCUGUAGCCGCAUACCGCCUGCUCAGGAUCAUGUCUUCAAGGAAAGAUGUACCGAAAACGACAGAGCAUGGCAUAGAAGAAUUCGCGGGAAGUUUGCGCGUCUGGGUCGGCACGUCGUCAGGCAAGAGCAGCGGGUUGGGUCUUGAAGGGCGGAGAAAGAUUGUCCGGCUAUGUCUCAACAUUGCGAAGCAACUAGGCGGGUGGGGCGAGAAGGACAGUGGGUAUGUCUCCAACUCGUCGAGUCAACGGGGCAGCCAGAAGGGCAGUUUAAGUCCGUAG